AUGGCAAGGACCAAGAUGAUCUGGAGGCAAAUGCCUCGGUCAGAACAUCAAACGAAAACUGAUACCCAAAAACUGUGGAAGGAGUUCACGGAAGAUGAUUCCAUUAGUGGAGCAGCAUGCCUCAGUGUAUUAACAGACCAGAAAUACUUUCAAGGAGGCUUUGAGAAUUUGGAGAAGAUAAGGAAUUCAGGAGUGAAGUGCCCUUUGUUAUGCAAAAAGUUUGUUAUAGAUGCUUGGCAAAUAUACUAUGCUCGCACAAAAGGCGCAGAUGCAAUCCUGUUAAUUGCUGCUGUUUUACCAGAUCUUGAUAUCAAAUACAUGACUAAGAUCUGCAAAUUGCUUGGUUUAACACCACUUGUGGAGGUACAUGAUGAGAGGGAGAUGGGUCGUGUUCUUGGGAUUGAUGGGAUUGAACUUAUUGGAAUAAACAACCGUAACCUCGAAACAUUUAAGGUUGACAUCAGCAAUACUAAAAAUCUUCUUCAAGGAGAACGUGGGAGAAUAAUCCGAGAAAGAGGCAUAAUUGUGAGUAUCCUAUUUCUGCACUUUUCUCAUGCCCUUUAA